CAAGCAACACGCACCAGGUGUGUGCCCUAGGGAAACCAAAGCAUUCUCUGUGAUUCCGCCGGUUGUGAACGGCGUUAAGGGUGAAAUUUAGCCUCUGACGGUGGCGGUGUUUGAACAAGGGUUACUGGAAACGUGUGACGCGAGGCACGUCAUUCCAACCUCUCGGGGCUGGUUGGGCUGCCGGCUGGUCUAGUGCCCAACUGCGGUGUGGUUGGGUGAAUCAGGGCGUGGCAAGGUUCUCCUGGAAUAGGAGCUUGUGUUCGGAGAACGCUUAACAGGCCCGCAUCACAACAUCACCCCCGAGGACGCAGGCAGGUGGCCCAAGGAAGACAAGUUUGGAGGUAAUUUUCAAGACUUCCCUCGGGACAAGAGAGCCAGCAGCGAGGAUCUAACCGCCAGAGAAUUGAGAGAGACCAACCAAACAAGCAGGACGGACACAAGAUUAUCCUGCCCAUCGCAUCAUGACAACGCUAGUGGAGUCACGGGGGCAGCGAGUGCAGAAGUUCUGCAUAAAAAAUGUCCUACCGCUGGGCUUCUUCGUUGCCCUGGUGAUCGCCCUCGCUUGGCCGGCGCCCGGGAAGGCGGUGGCGAAGCCGAAGGUUGACGACUACCGCAUCGUGCAAACCAUCAACGUCAUUGUCAUCUUCAUUAUCUCCGGCCUGACUCUAAAGACCGACGAUAUCAAGGAAGCCUUGAGCAAGGAGGGGAGAUGGGGUUACAUCUACGGGGUCGUAGCCAUCUUGGGGAUCACGGGCGCCGUGGGGUUCGUGGCUGCGGAGAUUCCCUUCGACGUGGAUGAGUUCUCCUACGGCUUGUCGGUGUUUUGCGUGGUGCCCACGACGCUGUCGUCUGGGGUGACCCUGGUCAUGAAUGCUGGAGGAAACGAUGCCCUGGCGCUCCUCCUCACCGUAACAACCAACUUGCUCGGAGUUGUGACCGUUCCGUUUUACGUCAAGGGUGUGGUCAACGCCGGCGACGAUGCGUCCAUUGACCCGGUGGGCCUUCUCGUCAAGCUGAUCAUCAGUGUUCUGGUUCCGCUGGUGGUGGGAAAGGUUAUUAGAGAGGCAGUACCGGGGGCGAAGGCGUGGGUGAAGCGGUUCAAGGUGCGGCUGAGCCUGACGAGCAGCGCGAUGCUCAUCAUGGUGGUGUGGCAAACUUUGAGCAGGGCGCAAGACAAUUUGACUUCGGUGGCGUUCACGCAGAUCUUGUCUGUGAUUGCCUCGGGCAUCGGUCUGCAUUUAGUCUACCUGAGCAUCAACUACCCGAUCUGCAAGUACAUCCUCAAGCUCAAGCGGCGAGAAUUCAAGGCCGUGGUGCUCAUGAGCUCGCAGAAGACGCUGCCGGUAUCGGUUACCGUGAUCGGCUUUCUCGGGGAUGUGGGGCAAGAGGGGCUCAUGACGAUACCAUGCAUCAUCGGGCACAUGUCUCAGCUCUUCAUGGACGCUUACAUAGCCUCCAGAUGGGCCAACGACGAUGUCGCCGCAGUAGAGGACGAAGCAGAGGGCGCGAAGACGAAUGGGGUCGUUUCUACAAUUUAGUUCGGUUGUGCUCUUCUCUAUACAUCGGGAGGGAGGAUUGAGUCGUGGGCGUCGUUUGUGGGGUCCUGUUGUGCAGUGUUUUCUCCCUUUUUUUUCCGCGCAACUCACCGUGCUUGGUGUUGUUUAGCAGCACGUCCCCCUCCCUACCCUUGAGGAUUGUCGAGGUUCGGUUGAGGUGAAUGACGCCCCUACUUCUCACAGGCGUGCGCCGUUUGUAUGGUCGUGGUGUUGUGUUGCAGAUGAAUGAGCUAGAGAGAUUUCUUCGGCUCAUGUCAAUAGCGCAAUUAUAAUAGUCGCUUUUGAUGCUUUGGUGGCUUGGAUGUAUGUAGAGUGCAAUUUCGAAAUAGUAACGACCAUAGUGUCGGGCGAACCGCAUGUGAUACGAAACUUGGAUAGGAAACAGAGUUGUCGGGAAGAACGGGACGAACGGAGUGCCUCUGUCAGUGUUGUUGGGCAUCAAGCGAUGUAUUUAGGGAGUUGAAGCAGGUAUCCCAGGUCUUGUUUCCGUGCUCAAAUGCUACAGGAAUUCAUGAUCCAUUGAUCAAACGUGGAGUUAAAAGAAGACAAGAAAAACUUAGCCGAUGCAGAAUUGGGAGAUACAGAGGCUUUCACCAAAUCUGGGCUUCUUGCUUGCCACUUUACCCGGAAUCACUGCGAGAUGGUGCACGAUUCCCCACCCCACGGCCCUACGAAAACAAAGACGAAAGAAUGCUUAGAAAUCGAACAGAAUCUUUAAGGGGAACACUCCGUGUACGCGGUGGAACGACGCUAAAAGACACCGCUUUUUCAUCGUGGUGAGCACCCUGGCGGAGAUCUCUUCGUCCGUUCCCAGCAUUGGUUUGUUCGAAAACAACAGGAACGUGGAGGCUGCUCUGCCGGAAUACCUGCUGUGUCGGGGGUCGCUUUGGCCCAUCAAACAACUUUGGCGACGUUGCUUCUGCGUUCUAUAUCCGUUGAAAGAAUAUUCUGCGUUCCGUUUGGAAAAAUAACGAGGAGCGGGGACAGGGCUUUCCAUUUUUUCAAAGGGUUUCCUGUUUUGCAAACUCCCACGAUCGGCCGGACAAGCGCCAACAUUGAGGGGAAUUUGAACACGAAAAGUAAUGUGCAAUAAUACGAGAAGGUGGUACGAGGACUCGACAUCGAGUCUGAACAGUCAAAAUCUAGGAAGGAAUAUAUUGUGGUCGUCGAACAACUGGUACGUGUUACACUAUGGAUGUAACGGUGUGGUGGAUAGUUCUCUCACAGUAAACGUCGAACGGGUUUUAACUUCCUUCAAUGACUCCCUCCGUUGUUCGUGCAGCGUAAGACACCCGUGGGUCCUCUGGCACUCAAGAUUCUUCGACUCACAUCGCUCGAAUACAAUCGCUUCUGUUUCGUCCGUGCCAAUAUGAUAAAACCAAGAAUUCUCUCUCCCACACAACACUAUCCUCCAAUGUUGAAAACCUACAAAACGCCCUCUAGACUAGUUCUCAGCCAAGAAUGCAGUUUGUAUCUUCAGGCGCCACGUCGCACGAAGCACGGCACGCCUGAAUAAUAGCCGUAACACAUUUGGCCCUGUUCGCCCAGAAAUAGGACGAUCAAUCCACUUGUCCAAAUGCGUACGAAAACUGUCAAAAACUAUCCUCAAACUUCCCCCCCCGAAAAAUGUGACCGUGUAUCAGUUGGCGGCGUCCAAGCGGUAGGGCUUGGCGGGGGAGACAGGGAAUAUCGGCCCGACUGCUCCCGCUUGUCGCCUACGUCCUCCUCCUCGACCACUGUUGUUGCGUCACUAUUCCCGGCACGAACCGCGUUCUGCCGUCUUCCUCUUUCGCGGCAACCCUUCGGUCUCCUCCCGUUGCCGCUGUGCACGCCAAUUCUGCAUGUGCCGCUACCGCUAGUGGUGAGUAAGAAAGGGUUUUCGCUGUCAUUGCCGUCGGCGUGGUUGUUCGGGAACGAGAACAGCGUCGGUGUUGGCGAUGAGACUCCUUCCCCUCCUAGUCCUCGUUCCGCC